AUGAAGAUAAAAAACAAUAAAAAGACUCCAAUAAUUAAAACCUUAAAGAUAAAAAGGAAGCUAAAAAGAAAAUAAAUAAAAAAAAGAAAUCGAGAAGAUCCAGCAGCUCUUCUUUAAGCAGCAGCAGCAGUAGCAGCAGUGAUGAUGAUAGCAUUAGUAGCAGAAGUAGCAGCACAAGUAGAUAAAGCUCUGAAAGUAGAACUCAAUCGAAAAAAAAACGAGAUAAAAAAGAAUAAAAAAAAUAAACCAAAAAAAAAUAAAAGAAAGAUAAAGAAAAAACUAAAAAAAUUAAAAAAGAAAAGAAAGAAAAGAAAGAAAAGAAGAAAAGUAAAAGUAAGAAGAAAAAGAAGGAUAAAAAAUCCAAAAAUGAAAAAGAUGAAAAAAAUUGAAAUAUUUUACUAAAAUAACUCUAAAAAAUAAAACAUUAAUUUACUUAAAUACAUAAAAAUUUACUCUAAAAACUAGUUAUUUAAUUCAAGUUCUUUUUAAUUACUUUAUUUAAUUUUAUCAUUUAUUAAUUGUUGUGUAAAUCAUUUAAUCAUUUUUAUUAAAAUUAUUUUAGCUUUACAUUUAAUAAUAUUUUCUUAAAAAUUCUAAGCAAAUUAUAUUAUUAAUUUAAACUUCCUCUUUAUUUAUAAAAUUUCAUUCCUAAAUUGUUAAAACCUUAUCGAUAAUCAUUUUUAAAAAAUUGUUUUAUACUAUACAAUCCAAUUUUUAUUAUAAAAUAAACUAAAAUAUAAUUAUAUUUUUUUAAAUUUCAUCAAAAAUUAAAUUUUUAGAUUUUUUGAAACAAAAAUAGAAUUUGAUAAUUUAAAUACCUACUACAUACAGUAUUUUUAUAAAAUCUUAUUUAUAUUGAUUUGUUUGUUUUCUAAAUAAACAAAAGAAUUCAAUAUGAAAAAUUAUAUAAAUAAAUUUAAAAUAAAGAAAUUAAAAAAAUCAGCUAAACUUAGAGAAUGA